AAUUAUCAGCUCCCAAGUCAAUAACGUAUGGAAGCAGAUUAAUUCUCCCAUUUCUCCUGAUUCUCUCCCUCUUCUCUGGUAACUUAUUUUCUCUCCCCAAUCGUUUCUCUCCGAAAUCCAUUCUCUCACGAAUCGUCUCUCUCCGAAGCAAGGAUUUCUGCAAUCCUGUUGUUGGACUUUAAUUUAUAUAAUUAAUUUUCACUCACACUUUAGGCGAUCAUAUUAAAUUUCAAUCCAUUUCUUGUUUGAGUUCAAUUAGCUGAAUCGUGUCGAAAAUCACUUCUCUGAAUUGUCGAUUACAAGAAAGGCACUUUGAGCAGAAUCUGAUUCUUUUAAGCUUCAAUUUAACAAAUGGUUUAUCACUCAAGUUUUGUCGAUGAGGAAGGAGUUACUAAGGCUUGUGGAUGUCCUUUACUUCCUUUGAAAAGCCAUAUAAAGGGUCCUGCUCCAGCUUCCGAUCAAGAUAGAACUGAUAUUGUUGAUGAAGCUAUCACAUUCUUUCGGGCAAAUGUCUUCUUUAGAAACUUUGAUAUUAAGAGCUCAGCUGAUAAGCUUCUUAUAUAUUUGACAUUCUACAUAAAUGUGGCUUUGAAGAGGCUUGAGGGCUGCAGAACCUUGGCUGAGGGAACCAAAGCCAUCAUUAACUUGGGCUUGGAAAAGGUUCCUGUGCCUGGUGAGCCUAAUUUUCCUUUUCCAGGCCUUUUUCCUCUUCCUCAAUCAAAACAGGAAGCAGAGCUAUUUAGGAAUUAUCUGAAGCAGAUAAGAGAGGAAACCAGUGGGAGACUGUUGAGUGUUACAUAUAGACCCAAUGGCACUCCAAAUAAAUGGUGGUUGGCAUUUGCCAAGAGGAAAUUCAUGAACAUCAUUGUUCCUUGA